GGACAGCAGGGGAGUUGGAUGAGCCUAGAGAAGAACCUGCUGGGCUGACCAAGGGGUUUAAAGAGGGCUCUGCUCUCUGUCCCUCUGGCUUUCCUGGAUCCCUGACCUUGGAAUCAGGGAAGGGCCAGAUCAGAAUGUCUGAGUCCCAUGCAUGUACAUGGCCUGUGUUGGGGUCUAUGUGUGCAUCUGUCUGUCUGUCUGUCUGUGCCCAGAUGCUCUGGUUUACAGCUUUGAAUGGUGGUCACCAAAGUAGGAGGCUUGUACUUUGGACUUGAGGAAGCUUUUCCGUCCUUCGCUUCAGUCUCUGAUUUGAAGUAUUGUCCAGGAGCUUGUGUGAGCAGAUUGGUUAGGGCUCCUGGGGCUGAUAAGAGAAAUGACUGAGAGGAGCUGGCUGGACCUUUCUGGGUUUGUUUAUAUCUCCUUGGGGGAGGGGGCCUGCAGGCAGCAGCUGCCCCCUCCCAGCUCCACCAGCCUGCCCUGUGCCAGGAGGGCAGGGAGUCCUGGCACAGCUAUUGUUCGCUUCACAAAUGCCCGUCUGUCUGCAUCACUCCCCCUCCCUCUGCUGGUUUCUCUCUCUGACCCGACAGGUGUGGCCGGGUGGGGGGCAGGCUGGGGUCCAGGAUGUCUGGGUCUCAGGGUCUCUAGCUCGAUUUUAUUCCCGAUGACCCUUAGCACCCCUCUUUGGCUUCACCAAUGUGCCCACCCCCAUUGUCCAGUGUUUCAUCCUCAUUCAUGAAGCAAGCAUUUAUUAAGUGCCUUUGUGUACUCCGUGGUAUCUUUUUGUGUUAUGUGUCUGGCUUUGGCGUUAGUAUUUCAGUUAGCUGCCUUCUCCUUGGCCUCCUUUAUCUUAUCCCUGGAAAGUCACAAAGGGACAGAGCCUGGCUGAGACCAUCCCAAGCUCUCUUCUCAGUCCCAUGGCCAGGAACCCUCUGUCUCCUUUCCCAACCCUAUAGCUCAUUCCCAUGACUCACUGCCCUUCACGGCCCAUGACUCUGCACCCUUGCUGGCUAGGGACUGAGCCACAGAUGACUCCAAUCCCAGUGGAAUCCGCCAGCAGGUCUGGACAGAGGCCUCACCAUCUUGGGGAAGGGGCUGCUGCCAGUUGCAGCUGGAGCAGAGGUGAUUCUGAGUACCACGUGACUCCCCCAGAGCCCUUGGUUUGGAUACACCGGACGGAGGAGCAAGGACAGCUGAGAGCUUAGGGUUUGCCUUGGAGAGGCUCCAGCCAGCCCCUGCUGCCCGCUGGGAGCACAGGAAGCCAAGGUCCAGGCUUUGGCAUUGCCUUGUCCUUCAUGGAUGUUACUGUUUUCCUCGUCUCUCAGCCUGGGAGACGGAGAAGUUGGGAGACAGCUGCUGCCUAUGAGUUUUUGGGCAACCAGCCACAAUACCCUCUGCUAUUCACCUAGUCUUUUCUCCCCCACAAAGUGACUGAGAUCUGGAUGACAAUGAAGGAAGGGUUGGGUUGGCCUUCUGGCCUCUAGGUCUAAGCUCAAAGGAAAUAAGAGGAGGGAAGAGCUGGGAACCCUCCAGGAAGAGAGAAAAGGAGGAAUGAGGAGAGCAGACUGAAGGCUUUGAACCUCUGACAAGGAAUGAGGGACCCUAGAGCAGGGGUGAGGGUGCUGCUGGGACCUUUUGUCUUGGUGUCCAUCUAUCCGUCCGUCCGUCUGUCCACCUAUCCUUCCUUUCUUCCCUUCUUUCCCAACAUGUAUUGAGUGCCUGUUGUAUACCAGCCAUUGUGCCGGGUGCUUUGUUCACUUUAGCCUUGAUGUAGCAGUAGAUGAAGGCUGUGUAGCAAGAAAGACUUCCCAGGUGGGUUUAUGAGAAAGAAUGACUCUAGAUACGGGGCCGCAGAGCAUUGGAUCAAGCAGGAACGGUCUCUGAGUGUCGGUGGUGGGUGUUGUAGAUUAUGGAGGAGUGGGCCCUUUUCUUGGUGGACAGAAUGGGGUGUGGAGGUGAAGGGCUGUCCUGCUGGGAGGUGGUUAAAUGGGAGACCAAUGUGAUAAGAAUACCUGGAAAAGAGUAGGAUAAAGAACCAAACCCACCAUUCACUCCUCUCUGGAGCAGGCACCCUGGUGAGCAGGCCCUGUGUCCUCCUAUCCUCACCAGCCUAAGCCCAGGGGUGGGCAGAGUCUGCCUCCAGGACAAUAGCGCUAGGCAGUGCCAGGGCGGCUUGCUGCUGGGCAGUGCCCAUGUUGGGAUGUGCUGUUGCUCUGGCUGCUGCCCGCUGCUGGCCCACCUAGAGAGGGGGUCACUCUUAGAGAGGGUGAGUAUUGGGAGCUCAAGAAGGAAGCCUGGGCACAGAGUACCUGGGUUGUCUAUGGGGCAUUGGUGCCAGAGAGGGUGGGCCAGUAGAGACCCCAUGCUCUGGCAGCCCCAGACCUCUCCCUCCUCCUUCCACCUCCUUCCCAGGUGAGUGCUCCUGGAGGCAUAAGAGUGGAGGGCACUCUGGUGAGGGGAGGGAGAGUGGUAGCAUCAUUAGGGCCGAUCUGUACCAUUGUCUGUUCUGGAAUCGACCUUGAUUUAGACAUGUUGCUCUUUUAAAUAUGAUUAUUACAUUAAUAUUCAUUUUUUUGCUUGCUUUUAUGAAAAAUAUUUCAAUUAUAAUUGACAUUCAAUAUUGUUUGCUUGCUUUUAAGUCAAACAUAGUAAGUGCUCAGACCUUUUAUUUGUGUCAUAGAGAAGCCUGGGAGGGCAGGAAAGGAGGAGAGGACGGAGUGUAUGACAGUGAGAAAGAUAUUUGGACUUGGUCUCUGAGGUCCUAUAAGGUGCUUAUUCAGAGCAGGGUUUUAUCUUCCAUAGAGCAGGCAGAUGGAGGUUAGACCGAAGGGAGAAUUUCCUAGUGGUCCAGGUAGGUGGUACCAGAAUAAAGAAAGGGAGGCCUGGAACAUUGGAGGCUCGAGUUAGAGGCUGGCCCGCUUCCUUAACCAGGCCUAGGUGGAAGAGGAGAGGAGGCGGGCCAUGGGAUGGAAAGGAGACCAGGAGACAGGAAGAGAAAAAAGAGGAGGAGGAGAGGAGAGGAGCAAAGGAAAAUGGAAGACCUGGGUAGGAAGUGACCUUAGGACCUCUGGUCUCUGCCCAUCUGACAAACCUGGAGCUCUGAAGGGAGGCAGGAGAGAGAAGGAUCGGGCCACCAGGAAGUCUGGAGACAUGCUAGGGCAUUGUGGCCCCGUGCCCUCUGGCCCCUGUGGUGUUGACUCAGCCUGGCCACACUUCCCUUUUCUACCCUAAGCACCAGAUCAGGGUGUCUCUGCCCCUCCCCCUCCUCUUAACUGCUAGUGUGGCAGGAUCUGGGAGUGACUGGACUCAGGCUUGGGCCUGAGGUCCAGCCUGAGGGCUCUCCCCUGAGCUCUAAUUCUCUGUCCCAGGGCCCCCACCACUGUCCCCCACCUCGGGGCUCAGACCCUUGGCUUCAGCAAAUGAUCCACUGGGUUCUGAGGGGCUGGGAAGCAGGGGGUGGUCCUAGCUGCUGUUCCUGUUCUCCUUCUUUGACAGAGGCUGCUGCCGGAGGCCCUGGAGCAGGCGGGAAGGAUGGUAUCCCAUCUCCUCCCCUUCUCAGGCUUUCAGGAAGCUCAGUGGCUUGAGGGGGUCAGAAAAGGGGUCCAGAGGUCAGAGGGGAGUGGGAGGAGAGAGCAGAGAUGGAAACAGCCAGCCUCUGAGGUUUUGAGGGAGGGCUCACAGUGUGCCCCAUCUCAGGGGAGCCCAGAGCCGGAAGGACUGAUGUGACAGCUGGAGGAUGGAGGGUAGAUGUCAGAAGGAACUUCCUUGGAUAGGAGAGACUAACUGGGUGAGGAGGAGGAGAGGGGGCCAUCCUAGGUUUUGGAGGGUUUUUGAGAAGGAUAAAAGUUACACCGCAGGAGAGACUUCCUGCCAAGAAUGACACCUAGCCAGACACCUAGCCAGCCGAGUUUCCUCCCUCCCUUAGAGCGAGAGGAGGAGUGACCCAAGGCCAAAACCAGGCUCCUCCUACCCCAGGGUUAGCGGAGGAGAACACGCUGCCUCCUGCCUCCGGGCCGUGUACUUGGCUGAGUGUGUGUGGAAGAGUCAGAGGUUUGGGACCCUGACUCUGGGUUGGGGGUAGCAGUGGAGGCAUUCUGCCCCCUUCAGCCAAUCUAAUAAGGGGACCUCCCCCCUCCCCCCCCACUGUGACUGCCACAGAGACAGUGACUCCAACACCGGUUGUCAUGGUUAUAAGAGGAGCAAACUCCCAUAGAUCUGAAAGCGCUGUGAGCUGGCAUCCUCUGCUUCGCCUGCUCUCCCCUCCUCUCUGCGCAUAUUCCUCUGGCACAGAGAAGAGCUCAGCAGCUCGGGGGCGAGCGGAGCUAGGGCUGGAAGGUGGAGUGAGGACGCCGAGGGCUAGACCGGGGAGAUGAGUGGCAACCGGAGGCAGCCGAGCCGCAGGGGCCAGGCCCGGGAAAAGGAGAAGAUGAAGGAAGCCAAGGAUGCCCGCUAUACCAACGGGCACCUCUUCACCACCAUCUCCGUUUCGGGCAUGACCAUGUGCUAUGCCUGUAACAAGAGCAUCACAGCCAAGGAGGCCCUCAUCUGCCCAACCUGCAAUGUGACUAUCCACAACCGCUGUAAAGACACCCUCGCCAACUGUACCAAGGUCAAGCAGAAGCAGCAGAAGGCGGCCCUGCUGAAGAACAACACUGCCCUGCAGUCUGUGUCACUGCGCAGUAAGACCACCACGCGGGAGCGGCCGAGCUCCGCCAUCUACCCCUCCGACAGCUUCCGGCAGUCCCUGCUGGGCUCCCGCCGAGGCCGCUCCUCCUUGUCCUUAGCCAAGAGUGUUUCCACAACCAACAUCGCUGGACACUUCAACGAUGAGUCUCCACUGGGCCUGCGCCGGAUCCUCUCCCAGUCCACAGACUCCCUCAACAUGCGGAACCGAACCCUGUCGGUGGAAUCCCUCAUCGACGAAGGUGCAGAGGUCAUCUACAAUGAGCUGAUGAGUGACUUUGAGAUGGACGAGAAGGACUUUGCAGCCGAUUCCUGGAGCCUCGCUGUGGAUAGCAGCUUCCUGCAGCAGCAUAAAAAGGAGGUGAUGAAGCAACAGGAUGUCAUCUAUGAGCUGAUCCAGACGGAGCUGCACCAUGUGCGGACGUUGAAGAUCAUGACCCGCCUCUUCCGCACGGGGAUGCUGGAAGAGCUACAGCUGGAGCCGGGAGUGGUCCAGGGCCUGUUCCCCUGUGUGGACGAGCUCAGUGAUAUCCACACACGCUUCCUCAGCCAGUUGUUAGAGCGCCGACGGCAGGCCCUGUGCCCCGGCAGCACCCGCAACUUCAUCAUCCCUCGCUUGGGCGACCUGCUCAUUAGCCAGUUCUCGGGUCCCAGCGCGGAGCAGAUGCGGAAGACCUACUCGGAGUUCUGCAGCCGCCACACCAAGGCCUUGAAGCUCUACAAGGAGCUAUAUGCUCGAGACAAACGCUUCCAGCAGUUCAUCCGGAAAGUGACCCGCCUGGCUGUGCUGAAGCGGCAUGGGGUACAGGAGUGCAUCCUGCUGGUGACGCAGCGCAUCACCAAGUACCCGGUGCUCAUUAACCGGAUCCUGCAGCAUUCCCACGGGAUGGAGGAGGAGCGCAAGGACCUGACAGCGGCUCUGGGGCUGGUGAAGGAGUUGCUGUGCCAUGUGGACCAGGAUGUGCACGAACUGGAGAAGGGGGCCCGCCUGCAGGAGAUCUACAACCGCAUGGACCCUCGGGCCCAGACACCGGUGCCCGGCAAGGGCCCCUUCGGCCGGGAGGAGCUUCUGCGGCGCAAGCUGAUCCACGACGGUUGCCUGCUCUGGAAGACUGCGACCGGCCGCUUCAAAGAUGUGCUGAUGCUGCUGAUGACAGACGUGCUAGUGUUUCUCCAAGAGAAGGACCAGAAGUACAUCUUUCCUACCCUGGACAAGCCCUCGGUGAUAUCACUGCAGAAUCUCAUCGUCCGGGACAUUGCCAACCAGGAGAAAGGGAUGUUUCUGAUCAGCGCGGCCCCCCCUGAGAUGUAUGAGGUCCACACGGCAUCCCGGGAUGAUCGCAGCACCUGGAUCCGAGUCAUUCAGCAGAGUGUGCGCAUAUGCCCAUCCAGAGAGGACUUCCCCCUGAUUGAGACAGAGGAUGAGGCUUACCUGCGGCGAAUCAAGAUGGAGCUGCAACAGAAAGACCGGGCACUGGUGGAGCUGCUGCAGGAGAAGGUCGGGCUGUUUGCCGAGAUGACCCAUUUCCAGGUGGAAGAGAAUGGCAGCUGUGGGAUGCCCCUGCCCACCCUGCCCAGGGGCCUUUUCCGUUCUGAGUCCCUCGAGUCCCCUCGUGGCGAGCGGCUGCUGCAGGACGCCAUCCGUGAGGUGGAGGGCCUGAAAGACCUGCUCGUGGGGCCUGGAGUGGAGCUGCUCUCGACCCGGGAACCAGGCCUGCCCACGGAAGCAGAAAGUGGUGGUAACAUGAGUCCUGGAAUCACCGCCAAUGGUGAGGCCAGAACCUUCAAUGGCUCGAUCGAACUCUGCAGAGCCGACUCAGACUCCAGCCAGAAGGAUCGAAAUGGGAAUCAGCUGAGAUCUCCCCAGGAGGAAGCGUUGCAGCGAUUGGUCAAUCUUUAUGGACUUCUACAUGGCCUACAGGCGGCUGUGGCCCAGCAGGAUACGCUGAUGGAAGCCCGAGUGCCCGAGGGCCCGGAGCGACGGGAGAAGCUGACCCGAGCCAACUCUCGGGACGGGGAGGCUGGCAGAGCUGGGGCUACCCCUGGGGCUCCUGAAAAGCAGGCCACGGAACUGGCGUUGCUGCAGCGGCAGCACACGCUGCUGCAGGAAGAGCUGCGGCGCUGCCGGCGCCUCGGGGAAGAGCGGGCGGCCGAGGCCGGCAGCCUGGAAGCCCGGCUCCGGGAGAGUGAGCAGGCCCGGGCCCUGCUGGAGCGGGAGGCCGAAGAGGCUCGCCGGCAGCUGGCCGCCUUGGGCCAGGCCGACUCCGUUCCCCAGGAGGCCCCCUGGGCCCGCAGGCCUCUGGAUCCCCGGCGCCGGAGCCUCCCGGCCGGCGAUGCCCUGUACUUGAGUUUCAGCCCCCCUCAGCCCAGUCGAGGCCAUGACCGCCUGGAUCUGCCUGUGACUGUCCGCGCUGUCCAUCGGCCCUUUGAGGAUCGAGAGGGGCAGGAGCUGGGCAGCCCCGAGGAGCGGCUACAAGACAGCAGCGACCCUGACACUGGCAGCGAGGAGGAAGGAAGCAGCCGCCUGUCUCCGCCCCAUAGUCCCCGAGAUUUCACCAGAAUGCAGGACAUACCGGAGGAGACUGAGAGCCGCGAUGGGGAGCCUGUAGCUCCGGAGAGCUAAGGGGGCCCCUCCCUCCUUCCGGUGCCCCCUGAAGAAUAUUACUGAGGGAAGCAAACCCUGGGGACUCCGACCUGCCGAUGAGCAGCGAACACUUGAACUGCUGAUUGCCCUUGCCAGCUCUUGGGAUCCUUGGAUACCUGGGGCCAUUUAGGAAGCUGGGGGGAGUUAGGCCACAGUGCCCCCUGGUGGCAUCCAGAAGUACACCACAGAUGCCAAUUCUUCAUGCCUUCUUCCCUCGACUUUAGGAAAGUUUAUUUAUUUAUUGUUUAUUAGUUAUGGAGGGAGAAAGGGGAUUUAGAGGACCAGGGACAUGGGAGCCAAGCCAUAGGGAACAAGGGGCCUUGUCCUUUAACACUACUGGGGUUUAUUCAGACGUAACCAUGCAGCUGCCGGAUUCCAGCCCUGCCACCCUCCCAGCAACAUCGUCUUUGAGGAGAGGCUGCAGCUGUAGGACCCGACUGCCCCUUCAAGAAGGGCUAUGGGCAGGGCCAUAUCCCUUUCCCCUCAACCUCUUACUGCUGUUCUCUCUUCUCUCCGUCCUCGGUGGAACCCCAGGGAGUCACCCUGGCUUCCUAGAGUGGAUGGAAUAGGGGUUGAGGUGGCCGUCAUGGUCUGUUGGGGGUGAGGGGGAAACCCACAGGGACCAGAAUGUCUUUUUGUUGUUUUCUUUUUUUUUUUUUUUUUGUACCAAAGCCAACUGCACGUGUUUUAUAUUUUUAAGAGAAGAUUGUAGGCGAUUAGAAAUUGCAGCCUUCUAUCUCCACAUCUCUGAAGAACUUGAGGGGUGGGGGAAAUAAUGACGUCACCCCUCAUCCAUAGCAACAGGGGAACUAGUCUGACCUCUUCCGCAGCCAUUUGGAAACAAAGUUCUAGGGUGAGUUGGGAAAUCUCUAUGAACCCUGACCUUAUCCCCCAGCUCACCAACCAUGACCUGAAACCUCCACCUGAUUUGGGGGGGAUUUUCAAUGGACCCCCAAAUGCCCACCAGCGCCAAGCAUUUUUCUACCAAUUUGAUUGUGUAAAAAAACCAGCAAAACAGAAACAAAAAAACGAUAAAAGGUAAAGAAAGGAAAAUUAAACACUUGGAACCCCGUGAAGUGCUGUCUCUGAAUGUCUGAGGUUCUGAUGGUGCAGAUGAGGGGAGAGCCAGGGAGUGGCCCAUGUCCCUCGGAAAGGGGCCUUUCCUCCCCCGGAAGGGCAAGGUGGCCCGAACAAAAGGAACUGCUACCUUCUUUUUCUGUUGUCAUUACCGAUAUUCACAAACAAGGAUUGGGGAUUCCAAUAUUAGAAGACUUGUUUUCAUCUCAUUUGCAUGCUGUGCUCAGAAACGGCCUCGGCCUCUGGCCCCCUCCUCUCCCUUUGGCCACAGUUCCUCUGAGCCUCUUCGGUGUCCUUUGUUUUCAGGUUCAGCCACCACGCUGACCUGGUUCUUCACGUGUCAGAGCCCUGGGCACCCUCUUCCAGAGGGUGCCCCUCAGAGGAGCUCUCCUUUGCUCUCUGAGAGGCAGUGAGAGAUCGGGUUAAUUUCAGUUCUCGUUUUGAUUAAUUUUACUUCCUGUUUCCGGAUAAUACCCUACUCUGGGGCUGUGGGGGGAGGCGAGUCUAGAGUUGUAGAAAUGCUGCAAUAGGUGCACAUAUGUCCGUAGGAGCUGAUGGGGUGAGAUGAGAAGAGUGGGGCUCAAGACCUCAGCUAGAAAGAGGAAUUGGAAUCCCAUGGUGGGGGGCGGGCUUGGUGGAGCAGCCAGCACCCUCCACUCCUGUGAUGCUCAUCUACGAGGUACUUGCUCAUCCAUUACGGAGUCUGCAGGAGGAAUUGCUGUCAUUUUACGGACAUGGAAAUCUAGGUGGCAGGCCCAGCUGCAGGCCUUCGCUUCCCCCUCCACAACUCUGCCUAAAAAUAUCAAAGCUCCAGGUUUCAAACCCUGACACGUGGCUCAGCAGCCCGCUGCUGUGUCAGCUGGGACCCAAGGCUGUAAAAAGGUGCAGAGGAGGGAGGAAGACUAGUGCUGGGUAAGAGGAGGGUGUUAGGUUGCAUCCGAAGACCACUGAAGGGAACACAGGCUCCUCCCACGUGUUCACAGCGGCCCAGUGAAGGAUGCUGGGCAGGCCCCGAGUGUGUGUAAAGCCCAAGCUCUAUUCCUGGCAGUGCUGCCCCUCCUGUGACCCCCCCCCCCCCCGCCGCCCCAACCAAAACCCCCUCAUUCUUAGAAACAAGAUGUCCUGUUGCCCCAUUUUCGGUUUUAACUGUCUCUCCUGCAGUUUCGAAGCUCUCUGUUUGUGCUACAAGGAGCCAGGGCCCAGAUAUUUGCCAAAACAAUGCCUUUCCAUUCGAGAGGAGCUGCCCAGCCAGCCUCCGUUGCUGUGCCCUCUCCUGCCUCCCCCCGCCUCCUAAGGGAGGCCUAGGUGCAUUCAUCUCUGGAUUGGCCCUGUUUAGACUUUGUCAAUAUUUACCCCUGGGUCCCAUAAAGCAGAGGCCCCUACAGGAGCCAAUAUCCGGAGCCAGCAGAGGUAGGGUGAUUGAGGAGCUGAGGCGUGGGAUGGCCGAAGGGUGCUUAGGUGGGUAAGGAUUUCCCAUCCUGGAUCGGCUGGGAACAGACCUGGAGUUUUAAAACCAGUUUAAACAUUACCAAAAAGAGGAAAUUAAACAAGAGGCUAGUUAAAUCUAUUCAGUAUUGCUGAACGUGGUGAAUUGGGUGGUUGUUUACAGCCUCCUCGGCAACCGGAUGGAGCUGGUGCAGGGGCGCCUGCAGGCCCUGUGGUGCCCUUGCCAGAGGGGCUCCACACACGGGCGCUGCUCCCGGCGGUUGUGGGACCUUGAGUGGCUAGAGUUGUUAGGGUUGUGAGACAUGCCAGAGCUUGGGGUGGGGGAAUGGAAAUGGGAGCUCCACCCCAGCUUCUUUCUGCCACCUCCCUUUUCAGGGGCUGCCCCCCAGAAAGUCCCUUGUGAUCGCCAACCUUCAUCAUUGCUGGGUCUUGGGUCUCUGUGGAUCUGGAAACCAAGGGGGAACCCCCUGCCCCAAAGAACACACCUUCAAAAGGGGCUGGAGGAGCCAACCCCUCACUCAGUUCUUACAUAAAAUUUUCAUUUUACUCCAGAGCAUGUAAAAAUCAUCCCAGAUAAGACCUCUAUGGCCCUCCAGCCCCAUCUCCCAGCUACCUCCUCAUUGUUUCCUUUUCCUUCUCUGACUCCAUUUUACACAGAGUGUAAGAAUAACAGCUAAUGAUCAGGUAGCAACCCAUUUUACAGAUGAGAAAACAGGUACAGAGAAAGAAAGGAACUUAAAGAGUUCCCUCGGAGCUAGGAUGUGAGUCCAGGUGCUCUGACUCUGGGAUAGGGAGGAAGAAUAGCAGCCCAGAGCCAUGCUUCCCACUUCUCCAGCCCACCUUCAGCCUCUUCUCCCACCCCCAUUCUGCAGCUCUCCCCUCACCACGCCUCGCCCACAUCCUUGACUUGUUAUUUUCACUUCUCCCUCUAAAUCAGGGGUCCUCAAACUACAGCCUGCGGGCCACAUGCAAAUACAAAUAUUGUAUUUGUUCUCGUUUUGUUUUUUUACUUCAAAAUAAAUAUGUGCAGUGUGCAUAGGAAUUUGUUCAUAGUUGUUUUUUUUAAAACUAUAGUCUAGCCCUCCAACAGUCUGAGGGACAGUGAACUGGCCCCGUUUAAAAAGUUUGAGGACCCCUGCUCUAAAUCCUGCUUUAAGGAGAGACAGACCCACACGGACUCCCAGCCAACGCCAGAGUUUUACACGGGGCGGGGCUGGUGCCAGGGAUCCAGCAAGAUUCCACAGGUGGCAUCUCCCCACAUGGGAAUUACAGCUUUUGCAGCUGAGGUUUUUGCAGACAUCGAGUUUCCGUGGGUACCGCUGAGGGUAAGAAGAUGGAGAUGGCCAGGGGAGGAGGGCAUUUUUGGUCCUGGCACCAGAGAAGAACAAGGGUGCAUCCGUUUGAGAUGGAGAGCAGGAAGGACAGGCAGGGGGAGAGGCAGGCACUGGCUCCCGAUCCAUGAGUCUAGGACCCUUAGGGGACAGAAGGCAGAGGUGGGACAAAUAAUGCUUUUGUCCACACUGAACUGAAGGUGGAAUUGGGAUAAAGAGUCAAGAUCACUUCUGGAUGGUCCAGAUGUUUAUUUUUAGAUCCUCCUCUUUCCCACCUCCAAAUGGAGACAUAAGCUUUGUCCUACCAGCGCUGACCUGGGCCUCGCUGGCUGCAUGCCACCACAGCCAGAAUAAUUGAAGAUAAGACUUUCCCCGAGGGCAUGUCGGCCUGGCAGACAGGCCCGCCCUCCCUAGGACUCGCAGAUCCUGUCCCUGGCAGACCCCAAAAAGAGGGUGCGUAGUUUGUACCUUCACCCAGGUGUUCCUUUGUCCAAUUGGUGAGCAUGGUAGAAGGGCCGCUCUCCUGGGGGUGCUCUCCACUCACCGCCUGCCUACCUCCUUUAAGGCCCCCUGCUUCACCCCGGUCCUGGGGCCACAGCCACGCUCGGAGAUCCCUGAAGGUGCCUGCCAGGGCCUGCCGGGACUCCUGCCGCAGGAGACAGUACAGCACGGGGUUGAGGCAG